AUGAGCCGAGCAGAUGGAGAAUAUGGAAAACAGCAGAGGUCGCGCCGGCUUUCUUUCAAGCGUGCUUCCAGGACAAUCGGAGAUCACACGCGGAUCUCGGUUAUUGGUCUCCAGCAGUGGAUCGAACAGCCCAUUUCCUCCGCCAAUCGGGUCUGGGCGCGGGAUUCCUCACCAAGAUUUCGGAACAGGCCAUGGUUGAAGAUGGUGCAAUCCUUCGCGAGAGAAGACCAGAGGAGCGUCAUUCCUGCCGCAAUUGAAUUUUCUGAUCGUUCAGCAGCGGUCGUCUCUCGGAUUGCGGUCGGUGAGAACUCCACUCGCCGAAAAAAGAACAGCAGGUUCGCCGGGAGAAGAGCAGGGGACCGUCGGGUUGUUGCUACGGCGGUCUCACGGCGUACGGUGGUCAGCAGUCGUGACUAG